GGGGCAAGGAGACUGUGUUUCUUUUCUUCUCCUGUGUCUUUUCUUUCUCUUCCGCCUGGCUUCCCUCACGAGCUGUUAAUUCCAUCCCUGGUCCUGAGGAUGAGGAGGAUCUAUUGGUGAGGAAGACAAAACAAAGGAAGAGAGAACAAGGAGCAACAGGGUGGUGAAUAAUCCGCGAAGGAGAGUCCGGACUCCCAGAAACAGCAGCCAUGUGAGAGGAGCUGCCAGUAAAAGAGGAUGCACACAUCCAGCUAAAUCCAAGCAUCUACCCUUUCCUCCCUCCCUCGCUCACUCCUUCUUCCCACAUGAGGACAAGAAGAUGACUAUCACCAGCCGGCAGCCCUUCAAUGUCCUGACGGUCAUUUUCCUCCUGCUGUCCACUGCAGCUCUCUCAGCUCAUUACCGAGUGUGUGAACCGUAUUCUGACCAUAAGGGGCGUUACCACUUUGGAUUUCAUUGCCCGCGCCUCUCUGACAUCAAGACGUACAUGUUCUGCUGUCACCACAACAACACUGCCUUCAAGUACUGCUGCAACGAGACUGAGUUCCAGAUGGUCAUGCAGAUCAACCUCACCACCACCUCAGAUGGAUAUGCACACAAUAAUUAUACAGCUCUGGUUGGUGUGUGGAUCUAUGGAUUCUUUGUCAUGGUGCUGCUGGCACUGGACUUUCUCUACUACUCAGCCAUAAACUAUGAGUUGUGUCGGGUUUACCUGGAGAAAUGGGGAUUGGGAGGACGCUGGCUGAAGAAGGCUCGGAGCCAGUGGCACAGGUCCAUGCCAGAGGAAGGUGAAGCCCAAGCCCAACCCACGGUCUCCAGCCACUACCAGCCUCGACACAGCCUCCGUGACGAGGGCCACAGCCCUACGCUCCUGCCCUACAACACGUCCACUGCAUGAGUGAUGCUGCGAGUGGAUGAACCGAAGAGUAGCAACACCUUACAUACAUGGUGCAGAGAAGAUGUCCCACGGUCGCCCCUUUCUGGAAAACACAUACAAAGACUAGUGGUGGGCUAUAGCCAUUAGUACUGAGAAGUGACUACUGCAACGUUCCGAUGAGCACAAAACACCCAUGGACUAACAGAAGCAGGUUGACAUGGUAUUUAAGAACGCAGAAGAUCGAAGUUUGCAACAAAACACACGGGACAGUACAGCUGUUGUCACCAUUGCUGCUGCUGCUGCUUUUGCUGCAGUUGCCAUGAGCAGCGUAGGUGUGACAGACACAUACAGCUCAUCAGGUGUUCAGUGAUCCACUGAAAUGUCUGCCAAGGCCUGGAGUAGCCCGAGCUGAUCUGGAUAAACUGCACUGUACUUGCAAGCGAGGAGGCUUUCCUGUUUUGACAUAAAAGGCCCAUCUUUCUAGAUAUAACAUGUUUAUUACACUGCUGUGUCAGUCUGUGUUCAGUAGCAGGUAGACGCAGUUGUGGUUUAUCUAUUUGGUGAUUUAUUUGUGUGAGCUAGUGAGAGAAACAUAUGAUUGGUUAACAUUUGGAACAUGUAAACGCUUAGGUUGAUGCUGAGCAUCUCACUUAGAGUAGAACGUUUUUGUUACUUGCUGAAACUAGACACAAACUGUCUCCGCAACUAUGUUGGGGGGAAAAACCAGUGCAUUGUGUGAACUGUUUUAGGUCUCAAACUUAGAGCAAACUAAGUGAUUUCUCUGUAUUGUAAUGUGUCUGACAAAGACAUAACACUUCACAGUUAUGUGACGUUUUACAUGAGGUGAUUAGGAUUUCUCUUUGUUUUGCUGACAGAGAGGAAAGUGAUCUUACGUCUGAAUAUGUUAUUUCACCUAAGGAUCAGGGAUGCCUUCAGAACAGCAAAGAGCAUUAGGCUAAGUUAAACUUGACCUUAACCAUUGGCUUUGAGCCUACAGCCCCAUUUGAGUCAUUUGAAAUAUGAGGUUUAUGAUGUGACAGCUGCCUCAACAAACUCAUUCAAUGACUUGUUUGCCCUUUCUCAGUUCUAUUAGCAAUAUGAUGAAGACAUGCGGUUCCUGUAUGAGGUGCAGACUAUGUCCCACAUUGGUAAUAGAUAAUUUUAAGUGAUUAGCCAUCGUAAAAAAAACCUAAAUGAAUACAUUAAAAUCUCCUUCAUGUCAGCAAUAAUGUACAGUAGCCUUGUCAGGAGGAUGGUCUCUAAAAGUCAGAGCUGCACCGAGUAAUAAUCACAGAGGUGUAUCACAGAGUUUUCAGCUUGACUGACAUUUAAAAUGAAGCUGAAUGGAACGGACGCACAGUGUUUCUGCGUAAUGAACUGAGAGUGCAAAAGAUUUCAAACCAUUACUGUGUCAACACUGGAAGGAUGAACGUGAAAACAGUCAUCAUUCAAUCACUACAAACAAAAGCUACGUCUAGGCUGCCAUUUAGGAUUACUUACACUAUACAAAAUACUUACUUACAAAAAAUAUUGCCUUAUUCAAUUUAUAAAACGUCCGAUAAUAGCAAAAACUCUUAGUUAGGAUUUCUUACAGCUUAGGUUCAGACAUUCUGCCUGUCCGAUAGCUUACAACGUGUUCCUUAUGGAGCAACCAAGUGAAACAUUAUUAAAUCCUUAAAUCCUCAGAUUAAUCUGCAGUUUCUCUCGAAAACAUCAUUUGAUUUAUUAAUUGUCAGUAAAUCAAGAUAAAAGCCAUUGAAAUGUUGUACAAUAUCCAAAGAUAUGUAAUUAAAUUUCACAUCAAACAACACAGUUCUGCCACACUACAUAAAUCAGCUUAGCAUGUCUGCUCAACUGUUGAUCUAUGAUCUCUGUAAUUAUAAAACACUGCUCAUUGUGUGUAAGCAAAGCAAACAGAGCAGCUGUUGACAUCAGACUGUUUGAGUUUGAAGACAGGUGGACAGAAGGUAAGACGGGAGGUAGAGGGUUGCCUGUCCCAAUCCUGCAUUAGUUGCGGCUGCCAAGCCUGUAUGUGCACCGACAAUCUGGUCCUUGCACACACUGCAACAUCCUCGUCAAACGCUCACAGGAGAAAAGUAUUAUUUCUUGCCCUGCUCAGACACACUCAAAAAGUUGCCUCACUGGGUUUUGCCAUCAUAUUUAUUUUCUCUGUUUCAUAAAGUGUAAGUGGACCCUAACAGCACUCCACUCAUCUGGGCGUCUCUCUUCUGUUAUCGGCAAUAAUAUUCAUUUGCUGAGUUGCUGGCGCAAGUUCUUUCCCAUUUUAGUAGCAUCAUGACAUCACUUUCACGAGCAGAGAAAGAGGAUGUGUCCAAGUGAAAUAAUUGGCCCAGAGAUCAGCAGUGGUCCAAAUUACACUUUAACUCUCUCUCACACUCUCCCUAUUCCCAGAGUGUGAGCAGCAGCAGCAAAUACAGGGAGUUUUUAGCAGGUUCAGAAACACAAAGUGGUUUAAUUAGUCCCUGAUGCUGGAUAAUUUUGAAAAAUCUAAUGUGUUUUGGGGGAAAUGACUCUUUUUCAGGGCGCUCUGCUGUGACUUGUGAUGCAUAGCAAGGUCAAAUGAGGUCUGUACUAUCACCAAUAAAGUAAUAAUCACACCCAAAGUAAAAAAAAAAAAAAAAGCAUUAUUUUUGCUUCUGAUGAGCAGUAGCAGGGUCAAACAUCCACAGGAAUGUCUUUCCUAGUUUCUUAAAAUGUUACAACUUGGUUUUGUGAUGUUUUCUGUUUU